CCUGCGGGCCUCUCUAAGCCUUGUCCCGGCCAUGCUUCGGACAUCACAUCCUGCUCGGAGCACAAGACGGAUUGUUUUUCCACACUGAGGAAGACCUAACGUGGACUUUGGACAUUUUUUUGGACUCAAAUGUGGGGUGUCAGCAUGACUCUUCGAACCUCGAAAGUGGCGGCACUUCUGCUGCUGUCAGUGCAUCUCCUGCAUGCGUCUGCCCUGCCGGCAGCAUCCUCCUAUGAGUUCAACGCGUACAGGAUGCAGCAGUACAAUUUACAUCAGGACAAACAUGGUUGCCGUGGAGCUAUUGUGGUGGCAGAAGCACGAUCAGCUGUGGAUACAAGUCUGACUCGCCGAUGUGUGAUCAUGAAGCUGCCUGAUUUCUCCACAGAGCGCUACCUAGAGGCCAAAAAGCAGAAUGCAGCAGCCGUUUUGAUACUGCUACCCCAAAACAUCUCUUCAGUACCAGAGGAUAUUGUGCAGGGCUUUAUGGUGGCUGAAUCUCAGGUCCUGCAGAAGGAGACCCUCAUGCCUGUAUAUGUGGUCCCAGAGGACGACCAGCUGCUCUGUAUGUAUGAAGAAGUCACUCAGGCUGCAGCAACUAAGUCUGCUUCUGUUCUAGUGAGAGUUCUCCGUAGUAUCAUCACCACCACUGCCUUCCAAAUAUUAGUAAGCAACAACUCCCCCAUCCAGCCUAUUACUGAUACCACCAUCAUUACUUUAGAGGGAGUACUUCCUGGGGCUGGAGAAGACCCACCCACUAUUGUAAUUACGGCCCAUUAUGACUCGUUCGGUCUUGCUCCUGUAAGUCACACUCAUUACAAAGCAUUUUAUUACCAAGAGUUCAAACACUAUCUACGGCAGGUCCAUAGACACACGUUCCACCCGGACCGAAGGGAUCCUGAAAUCACAUUCUUUGAUCAAAUGAAACAACCAAUGAUGAUGUACAGGGUGAAGCCUGCCACCUUUGACUUGUUUUUGGGUGGCUGUAUAGCUGGAUACCUUGGAAUAGUUUAUUAUGCAAUCCAGACCUUUGGCAAUGUCUACACUAAGCUGAAAGCAACCGUGAAAGCCAAGAACCAAUAAACUGGAGUAAAGCAGACACAUCAAAGAACCAGUGCACAGAGAUGUCUACAACAUCUGAAAACUUUUCGAAUUCACGUCUAGAAUUUAAAGUGGCUACCUUGUAUUUUAUAAUUCCCUUGCAGUCUCUUCUGUUUCUGUUUGAUUCCCUUUUUUAAAUUAAAGAUCACUUCUCUCUUUUA